GACAAGUACUGACGAGCGAGUUCCGCCAAGUGUAUCGUGCCAUGCACACGGACAAGCUGGCAAGGAUGCUGAACAAUGGGCUCGAUGAAGUCGGACUGCUCGCGCAGAUAUUCAAGAAGCCGAUAUAUCGUCCCACGGUGAACCUCCCGCCGGACAUGUACAACGCCAUCUGGAAUUCCGCCAGUUCCGGCAACGUUCCCUGGGUUGGGGGAUUGGAGCAUUUCAUAAAGGGCAAACACCUUCCUGUCCUUCGUGGCAAGGUGUCAGUCUGGGAGGUCCCCCGCGAACUGGGCGGACGUCGCAGGAUCGAGGACUUGAGCGCUGUUGUCACAACGCCCUGGUUGGAUGCGAAAGCUCCCAUGGGGUGCCGCAUCACCCGGCCAUUCCUCACUCAAGAACAGAACGAGGCCCUGCUCCAGGCGUGGUUCCAGGAACCAGCCGACAAGCUACGAGAUGCUGGAGACGAGAAC